AGCACUAAUUGCAGAGUUGGGGAUUCUCAUUGCCUCUCUGGACAUGGUUGCACCCAUCCUGACAAUGUUCUUCCUGAUGUGUUACCUGUUUGUGAACCUGGCCUGUGCCUUGCAGACCCUGCUCAGGACUCCUAACUGGAGGCCACGCUUCUCCUAUUACCACUGGUCCUUGUCGUUUUUGGGGAUGUCGAUUUGCCUGGCUCUCAUGUUCAUAUCUUCUUGGUACUACGCAAUUGUUGCCAUGGUGAUCGCUGGCAUGAUCUACAAAUACAUUGAAUAUCAUGGAGCUGAAAAGGAGUGGGGGGAUGGGAUCCGUGGUCUGUCACUCAGUGCGGCCCGUUAUGCCCUCUUAAGGUUGGAGGAAGGACCACCGCACAUUAAGAACUGGAGGCCCCAGCUGCUGGUUUUACUAAAACUUAACGAAGAUGCCCACAUCAAGUCUCCGCGCCUCCUCACGUUUGCCGGCCAGCUGAAGGCUGGCAAAGGCCUGACCAUCGUUGGCACGGUCGUCCCAGGCAACUUUCUCAAGAGCUAUGGAGAGUUUCUGGCUGCUGAACAGACUCUGAAGCACCAAAUGGAUCAUGAGCGAGUGAAGGGUUUCACUCAGUGCAUCGUGGCGCAGAAACCCCACGAGGGGAUCAGUCACAUGAUUCAGUCCAGCGGCCUUGGUGGGAUGAAGCCCAAUACUGUGGUGAUGGGCUGGCCUCAGGCCUGGAGGCAAAUCGAGGACCCUCAUGCUUGGAAGACCUUUAUCAACACGGUGCGCGUGACCACAGCGGCCCACUUGGCCUUACUGGUGCCCAAAAACAUCUCCCUGUUCCCCAGCAACAGCGAGCCAUGCACAGAGGGCUACAUCGACGUGUGGUGGAUCGUCCAUGAUGGAGGGAUGUUGAUGCUGCUGCCUUUCCUUCUUCGUCAACACAAGGUGUGGCGCAAGUGUGGGAUGAGAAUCUUCACAGUGGCCCAGAUGGAGGAUAAUUCCAUUCAGAUGAAGAAGGAUCUGGCGACCUUCCUCUAUCACCUUCGUAUCGAAGCUGAAGUAGAAGUGGUGGAGAUGCACAACAGUGAUAUCAGUGCAUACACCUACGAGAGGACGCUGAUGAUGGAGCAGAGAUGUCAGAUGCUCAGACAGAUGAGACUCUCCAAAUCAGAUCGGGAACGAGAGGCCCAGCUGGUGAAGGAUCGUAACUCCAUGCUGCAUCUGACCAGCAUCGGCUCAGACGAUGAAGAUGAAACCGAAGGAGAGCGAGAACGACCAGCCAGCAGCAGUAAUGCUGAGCACAAUCGGCGCGUUCAAAUGACCUGGACCAAAGAGAAGACGUUGCAGCACAGAGUGACGCACUCGGGCUGCUCCACACCGGAAGGCUUCAGAGACAUGCUGAGCAUCAAGCCGGACCAAUCCAACGUCAGGCGGAUGCACACUGCCGUCAAACUCAAUGAAGUCAUCGUCAAUAAAUCCCACGAUGCUCGACUCGUCCUGCUCAACAUGCCGGGACCCCCGAAGAACCCUGAAGGAGACGAGAACUACAUGGAGUUCUUGGAGGUUCUGACUGAAGGCUUGGAGCGGGUCCUGCUGGUCAGAGGGGGAGGAAGUGAAGUCAUCACCAUCUACUCCUGAUUGGCC